ACACAGUAAAGUUCAUAGGUAUAUUAGCACCCACUUGUACCACAUACCACCUGUGGCUUUAGGUAUCUUGGAGGACUUUGGUGCCUAAUUAAAAAGAUGCCAUUGACAAAGGCCAUUCCUUCAAAGUCUAUGGUCUUCAGAAUCAAUCUUGCUUUUCUUGCUUUCUUUCUUGUCAUCUAUGUCGUGCUUCUUCUCCGGCCAUCGUCUCCGGUCUACCGUGGAAAUGCACCAUCCUUGGUUAGUUGCUCAUUGCGGCAGUGCCAUCACAAGGUGGACAAUGGGAUUAAGAUGAAGUCGGUGUUGGAAGAGAGACAAUCCAGCCAUGCCAAGCCAAAGAGAAAAAUACUAAAGAGAGAGAAGCCAAGCUUCUUGGAUGAAAUGGGCAAGGGAAUGAAGAUUGGAAUGGUGAAUAUGGAAGAAGAGGACACGAGUGAAUGGGACAUGCAUGGACAAACAAUACCAAUUUACUUUGAGCAAGUUUCAGAGUUAUUUCAAUGGAAAGACUUGUUUCCAGAGUGGAUUGACGAGGAAGAAGAGACCGAAGGUCCAUCGUGCCCAGAGAUACCAAUGCCAAGCUUCGACAAUUAUGAAUAUAUGGACAUGAUAGUGGCCAAAUUGCCAUGCAAAGAAGGGUUGAGGAGAGAUGUGUUUAGGCUCCAAGUGCAUCUGAUAGCGGCGAAUUUAGCGGUGAAGAGAGGGAAAAGAAGAGGAUGGAAUGAGAAGACAAGAAUGGUGUUUUUGAGCAAGUGCAGGCCAACGCUAGAGCUGUUUCGAUGCGAUGAUUUGGUGAGACAAGAAGGGGAUUGGUGGUUCUAUGAGCCGGAAGUGGCCAGGUUGGAGCAGAAGGUUUCGUUGCCGGUGGGGUCAUGCAAUCUGGCUUUCCCCCUCUGGGGCAAAGGAAUCAACGAAGUCUACAAUCUAUCCAAGAUUAUCGCAACCAACACAACCACCGUACCCAAACGUGAAGCCUACGCUACAGUUCUUCACUCGUCCGAAUCCUACGUUUGCGGCGCAAUAACCCUAGCCCAAAGCCUCCUCCAAACCGGAACCAAACGCGACCUAAUCCUACUCAUCGACAACUCCAUCUCCAUUCCCAAACGCCAAGCCCUCGCCUUUGCGGGUUGGAAGAUCCGAAUCAUUUCCCGAAUCCGAAACCCGAAAGCCCAAAGAAACUCCUACAACGAAUACAACUACAGCAAGUUCCGACUCUGGCAACUCACCGACUACGACAAAGUCAUCUUCAUAGAUGCCGACAUCAUCGUACUCCGAAACCUCGACCUCCUCUUCCACUUCCCCCAAAUCUCCGCAACUGGAAAUGACGGCGCGAUCUUCAAUUCCGGCAUCAUGGUCAUCGAACCUUCGAACUGCACCUUCGAGAUCUUCAUGCGGCGGCGGAGAGAGAUAACCUCGUACAACGGCGGCGAUCAGGGGUUCCUGAACGAGGUUUUUGUCUGGUGGCAUAGAUUGCCGAGGAGGGUGAAUUUCUUGAAGAAUUUCUGGUCCAAUACUUCGGGAGAAGAGAGUGUGAAGAACCAGUUGUUCGGGUCGGACCCUCCGAAGUUGUAUUCGAUCCAUUAUAUUGGGUUGAAGCCGUGGCAGUGUUAUAGGGACUAUGAUUGUAAUUGGGAUAUAGGGACUCAGAGAGUGUAUGCGAGUGACGUGGCGCAUAGGAGGUGGUGGAAGGUUCAUGACGCCAUGGGAGAGAGGUUGCAGAAGCUUUGUGGGUUGUCGGAGAGGAGGAAGAUUGAGUUGGAAUGGGAUAGGAAGAAGGCUAGGGAAAUGGGUUUGCCCGAUCACCACUGUUGGAUCAAUGUUACUGAUCCGAGACGGUUCAAUUGAUUGGCAUUCGAGGGAAUUUUUUUGUUUGUUUUUUUGGGGGUAUUGUAAAAUCACAUAAAUGGCAUGCUAUAAUUUUUCCAUGCUAUGAGUGGAGUGGGAGUUGAAAUUGAAUU